CUAUUUAGUUAUUACUUGUUGGUUCCAAAACCAAAAUCGCUGAUACAUCCCAAAACCCAAACUAAAUCAGACGAACAUGGCUUCGAAGAAGAGUAACCAUAACCCUCACUCAGGCGACGGUGCUAGCCCUGGAAAGAUAUUCAUCGGUGGCUUAGCUAAAGACACCACCUUGGAUACCUUUGUUAAGUACUUUGCGAAGUAUGGGGAGAUAAUAGACUCUGUGAUCAUGAAAGACCGGCAAACUGGUCGACCUAGGGGAUUUGGGUUCAUCACCUAUGCGGAUCCUUUAGUUGUUGACCAAGUUAUGGAAGAGACUCAUGUAAUCAAUGACAAGCAGGUCGAGAUAAAGAGAACCAUUCCAAAGGGUUCUGGACAGGGAAAUGAUUUCAAAACAAAGAAAAUUUUUGUUGGCGGGAUUCCAACCACAGUUACUGAAGAUGAGUUCAAAAGUUUCUUUUCACAAUUUGGAAAGGUGGUGGAGCAUGAGAUCAUACGUGAUCAUGUCACUAAGCGCUCUCGAGGUUUUGGAUUUGUUGUGUUUGACAACGAAAAAGUUGUUGAUAAUGUUCUUGCAAAUGGAAAUAGGAUUGAUAUGGCUGGUACACAGGUUGAGAUCAAGAAGGCUGAACCAAAGAAGGCCUCAAACCCAGCACAUGUUCCUGCAUUUGGUAGUGACUCUAGGGCACACCCUUACAAUGAUAGUUUCGGUGGAUUUGGAGACUCCAUGAGUGGUUUCGGUCCUGGUGGUUAUGGUGCUGGAGGUUAUGGUCCUGCUUCUUAUAGGUCACUGGGAGGUUUUGGCAGUAGGUUUGGUGAUUAUGGUGGAUAUCCAGAUGGUAAUGAUUUUGGAGGUGGUUUUGGGGGCUUUGGUGGUGGUGGUGCUUUUUCUGGUUAUCGUGGAGAGUCGUCAUUCGGCUAUUCUAGUCGCUUUGGUUCUUACGGUGGAGGGAUUGGUGGGGGAUAUGGUGGUAGUGGGUUAGGUGCAUAUGGCCGUGAAGCUAGGGGCUAUGGUGGUUAUGAUGGUUCAGGCUCUUCUGAUGGUUAUGAUUCAGGACCUGGUGCUAGUUAUGGUGGACCUCGAAGCUUGUACGGUAGUAGGGCAGGUUAUGGCGGCAGUAGUCGUUACCACCCUUACGGAAGGUAGACAUAUACUUAAGCUUUCCAAUAGAAGUUGCACGCAGGUUCCAAUAUCACUCUUUGCGUCCUAUGGUUCCAUUGUCACUAGGCACUACUGCAAGAGGCACUAAGCUAGAAGAUGAGAUGAACCAUUAGUUUGUCCCUGGGUCUACUCUGUGGCAUGGACAUCCAAAGUUAGAUUAUCACUAAUUUAGAGACUUUGUCAAUUAUUGGCUUGUGAUUCUAGUUAGGCAUCUUUUGUGUGCUCUGUAUGAAUGAUUGUCAUCAUAUAUUGAGACUUAGACACUUACUGUUAUGUGAUCAGCCUAGAGUAUGAGAUAUAUUCAAACAUA